GAUGAUUAUUUCCGCACUUGGAGUCCAGGAAAAGCCUUUGACCAGGCUUUAGAUCCAGCUAAAGAUCCAUGCUUAAAGAUGAAAUGUAGCCACCAUAAAGUGUGCAUUGCUCAAGACUCUCAGACUGCUAUCUGCAUUAGUCACCGGAGGCUUACACACAGUAUGAAAGAUGCAGGCGUAGCUCAUAAGCAGUGGAGGGGUCCGAUAUCAUCUACCUGCAAGCCAUGCCCCAUGGUCCAUCCCAGUCCUGUUUGCGGUUCAGAUGGUCAUACUUACUCUUCUCAGUGCAAGCUAGAAUAUCAAGCGUGUGUCUUAGGAAAACAGAUCUCAGUCAAAUGUGCAGGACGCUGUCCUUGUCCUUCAGAUAAGUCCACAAGUACAAGCAGAAAUGUUCAGAGAGCAUGCAGUGACCUGGAGUUCAGGGAAGUGGCAAACAGACUUCGAGACUGGUUCAAGGCCCUUCAUGAAAGUGGAAGCCAGAACAAGAAGACAAAAGCAUUGCUGAGGCCUGAGAGAAGCAGAUUUGAUACCAGUAUUUUGCCAAUCUGCAAGGAUUCACUUGGCUGGAUGUUUAACAGACUUGACACAAACUAUGACCUCCUCCUGGACCAGUCAGAGCUCGGAAGCAUUUACCUUGAUAAGAAUGAACAGUGCACCCAGGCAUUCUUCAAUUCUUGUGACACAUACAAGGACAGUUUGAUAUCAAACAAUGAAUGGUGCUACUGCUUCCAGAAACAGCAAGACCCACCUUGCCAGACAGAGCUCAGCAGGAUUCACAAGCGGCAAGGGGCAAAGAAGCUCCUGGGACAGUACAUCCCCCUCUGUGAUGAAGAUGGUUACUAUAAGCCAACACAAUGCCACGGCCGUGUCGGGCAGUGCUGGUGUGUUGACAGAUUUGGCAAUGAAGUCAUGGGAUCCAGAACAAAUGGAGUUGCAGACUGUGCUAUUGAUUUUGAGAUCUCUGGGGACUUUGCGAGUGGAGAUUUCCAUGAGUGGACUGAUGAUGAGGAUAAUGAAGAUGAUAUUAUGAAUGAUGAAGAUGAAAUUGAAGAUGAUGAUGAAGAUGAAGGGGAUGAUGAUGAUGAUGGUGAUGACCAUGAUGGAUACAUUUGAUUGAUGAGAGCUGAGAUCAAUAAAUUCGACAUUUCUAUUAUUUACAAAGUAAUAGCCUAUUGACAAUUAACCUCUGGUCCAAAUACAAAAUGAUUCUAAAGUUCACAUAUAUUUUGUAUAAUUAAUACAAAUAUUGCAGCUAAAGUCAUAGACCUUUAUGUUAAAAUAACAAUCAUUUUACUUUGAGUUUUUAUAUGCCUUAUGGAAAAAGAAAGCAUAUGGAGUUCUAGUCAGAUUAAAGAAAGUUAUGAAAAGCUAUGGAAAUAAACAGAUUUUCAUAAGAACAAACUUACAUUAAUAUUCCACAAACAAAACAACCAGUGCUUGACUCAUAUGUGUUAUUUUUCUGUGAUAUAGUCUAAGUUAAAUUUAUAACUUCUUAGUGACCUGGUGGGCCCCAAGGGUUUUACAAAAUUAUGCAUGAUCUUAAUUACAAUUCUAAAGUCAUAUUGCCUCAAACCUGGAAUGAGUUCAAGAUGAGUGAGGGAUACCACAGG